CUUUCUUUUCUGUCUGAAAUCGAUGGCGGCCGUUACUCAGAGAAAGGAAGAGAAAUUGAGAGAUGAACUGGAUUUUGCUGAGAUUAAGAAGAAGAGCAAGAACAAUUUGUUGCUGCUUCUGUUGAGAGUUUGAACCGAGAUGAAGCUGUGGUUGAUUAGGGUUGCACUGGAUUGUAGUCUGAUGUUGUCGAUUUAGGUGAUUCAGUUAGGGUUUCAAAGAAUCAAGAGAUGGGUUUGAAUCGAGAAGAUGAAGUGAUGAUGCUAAUAAUCAGCUAGAGGUUGAAUCGAAAUUUUGGGUUUCUGAAAUCAACAAGAACAGAGAUAUGGAGUUGAUUCUGUGGCUGUAUGGAAGAAUUGGUGAAGAUUAAUGGUAGGGUUUGUAAAGGAUGGCAGAGAUGGGGGUUUUAUGAAUUUACCUCCAAGAGCAGGGAAUGAAGAAAUUGCAGAUGAAUAUGUGACUGAACUGCAGGUGGAAUCGAAGCUGAAAUAUCUAGAUGAAUGUUAGGUUUAACAGGUUAUGGAGAAUGGCACUGUUUGGCAGUGGAGUUGCAGUUGGCUGGGAGAAGAGAAUGGACCAGUUAGUAAAGCUGCAGAAAUGGGUUGUGAAGGCACUGGUGGUUUUGAAGCUAUUGCAGCUGAGAAGACGAUACUGCAAUAAGGUGGAACUGUUGUUGCUGUUACAGAAAGCCUUCGUGAUACCGAGAAGAAAGAUAAGAAGAUGAAGCUUUAGGAGCUGAUGUUACAGCCGAACAGAAGCUUUAUUGUCAGUGAUGAGAAGCUUGAGCAUGUGCAGCUGAAAGAGGUAAUGAACUGAGAUUGCAGCAAAGAAGAUAGUACUGAGUUGGUGUUUGAACUGGUUGUGGCUGCGGCUGUGACAUAAUUACAAGCGCAGUGGCUGUUACAGUGAGAACUGAAUGAUUGCAGGUUUGGGUUGAUGCUGCAAUGGAAGUGAUAUGGCAGAUACAAGUAGUGUUAGUGGAAUUUUGCAGCUGUUACAGAGCUGGAGCUGCAGGACUGAUGGAUGAAGCGCAAUGAUUGCACGAUUAGCUUAGGCCUGUAAAUUUGGUUCUCCCCUUAGUCAGAGCCAGGGGGGGUGAAACGUGCCAGGAGCACAGUGAUCUAGAUCAUAACACACUAUAGAGUGAUCCAAUGGUCAUAAUAGAGUCGGUCCAGAACUCAGUUUUUCUUGAUUCUUGUUUUCCCUUCACUUAUAAAAGCCAGAUGAACGAAUCAAAAACCCAUUCAUUCAGUUUUACAGACCCAAAACAAAAACAAUCACACCCAUUGAAGAAGAAGAAAACAAAAUGCUGCUGUCAAUGAAUGUGUUUCAUCAUCAAACAACACGACCCAAUUUCUUGCAUUUCCAUUCUUCUUGCCAUGGAAGAAGAAUUCCACACAAACCACCUCUUCUUGUUUCUUUUCCUGCAAAAACGGAAUUCAAUCCCAAGUUCUUGCAUUGUUCUACAAAAUCUGUUCUUGUUUCUCCUGCAACAAUGGAAUUCAAUUCCAAGUUCUUGCAUUCUGCUAGUAAAUCAGUUUUUGAUUCUCCUGCAACAAGGAAAUUUCGUCCAAUGCUGUUUGCAUUGCCAAGAGACAAUGAAGAAUUUUCAUCUGACAAUGAAGAAGAAGAACCAAUAAUUCAAGAAGAGUUUGUCAGAAUUAGAGUAUGUGGUGCAUCGACGAUUUUGUCACAUAAUGGAGAGUAUGUGGUUAGAGAAGCCGAGCUUGAAGAAGAGUUUAAGGCAUCAGCAGAGUUGAAAGCAGAAGGACUUUACGAAUAUCGAUCGCUUAACGAUGCUGUUCGUAGCUACGAAAAGGAGCAAAACGCCGAUUUGGAGUUUAAUGUGAUGAUGGGGCGAUAUGCGAGGAGUUAUUUAGAACCGUUCAUGUGCGUUAUUGCUGUAAGAAAGGAAGGCGAGAAUAUGCUUCAAAGCGUUAUUGGAACUCUGGAUCUUCGUGUCAAGUAUCUGUUAGAGGGGGAGACUUAUCCUGAGGAACUUGUGAAGCUCGGGAAUUUGUAUAGCAACUUCAAAAAAGGAGGAUCAGAGAAAUGUGGCAUAAUAACGAACGUAACUGUUGCUGAAAGUGCACGUCAGCAAGGCGUUGGAAGCAGCAUGCUGAAGUUUGCAAUUGAAGCUGCAAAAGAAAAAGGAGGUGUAAAGAAGAUAUUCUUACAAGUCGUUCGGGAUAACGAACCAGCAUUGGCACUAUACAGAAAGAUAGGAUUUGAGAUACUUGCAGAGGUGACUCCUCAGCUGGAAGAACAGAACCUAUACUUGUGCAGCUUAAAUCUCUAGUCUCAUUCUUUAAAACUUACAAAGGUCCUGUCCUAAAUGUAAAGCUCUGACAAUAGUAUUCAAUGAGAGCUAGCAUAAGAAAAAAUUACGUCCGCACAGUACCAUUCAUUGUAAAAUUCGUAUAAACAAGUGUGACUAAGAUUCAAAUAAAGGAAAG